AUGCUCUUCACUGUUCACCUCAUAGACAAACAGGGUAGUGAGAUUCGCGCAACAUUUUUUGGGCGUGCUGCCGCCCAUUGGUAUCCGCGGCUAACUGUGGGGCGGCUUUACGCAUUUAGCAAAGGCACUCUUCAAAGAACAAACAGACAACAUAACACGCUGCCGCACAAUGUACAAAUUAAGUUUGAUGCUGCAGCAGAAAUUAUUGAAGAAGAAGAUGACGCCUCUGUGCCUCUGCAUAAAUUCAAAAGAAUUAAUUUAAAUGAUAUUUCGUCUCUUCCUGUCGGUAGUGUUGUCGAUGUCUUGGGGUUUGUCGUAAAAGUAAAAGAAACAGAAACCAUCUUAUCCAGAGUGCUGCAGCUGCAGCAGCAGCAGCAGCUGCUGCAGCAGCUGCAGCAACAGCAGCAGCAGCAGCAACAGCAGCAGCAGCAGCAUCAGCCGCAACUGGAACAAUACCCUUUAGUUGCAAUUAGAGGGGCGAAGGUCCAGGAGUACGCGGGGCGUCCGUGUCUGCUGUCUUCUCCUCACAUGCAGAUCUCCUUCUUGCAGCAAACAGAAGCAGCAGCAGCAGCAGCAGCAGCAGCAGGGACAGCAGCAGCAGCAGGAACAGAUGCAGCAGCAGCAGCAGCAGGAACAGAAGCAGCAGCAGCAGCAGCAGCAGCAGCAGCAAGGCAACUGGGCACUGGAAGCACUUCACUUGCAAAUGAUUUCUUUUCUUUUGUUGGUGCUGCUGCAGCAGAUAUACAAAAAGAAUUAGAUUGGUUUGCUGCUGCUGCAGCAAAGCUUUUUAAUGAUAAUAAAGGAGAUACACCGCAACCUAAACUCCCUCUCACACUCCGUGGGGUUGCUGCUGCAGCUGCUGCGCUGCAGCAGCAACCUGUAGGUUGUAGCUGCACCUUUUCUGUUGCUGUCAGCGUCUUGGAUUUGAGAGGGACAAAGCUCUUCUGGCCGUGGAAGCUGCCGUUGAAAUUAAUUGAUAUUGAGGGGACAGUCGAUUGCGUCGCUCUUGGCAAGCAGGGACAGCUCUGUUGA